AUGUUGCGGGGCAUGUGCCCGAAGUUGGUGGAGGUGGUGAUGAAGCAGCGAGCGGGGCAGGAGAUGGACACAGGCAAUUCUCAGCCAAUGCCUGCAGCUGAUGUCAGUGCAGCAGGCAGCGGCUCAGUGCAAGUGAGCAGGCCAGCAGAGUCUGCCGAGUUGGAGGAGCAGCGGCCUUUGAAGCAGCCGCGCGUGGAACCACAGAAGAGGCAGAAGACGGCAGCAGCGGCGGGACCUCUCACCGCGCCGCCGUUGUUUGCAGGUGAUGUGAUGCGUGUGGUUGGAGGUCAGCAGUUGCAUCACAUGGACACUCACGCGACAGGUGUCUUCACGAACGAGGAUGCCGAGAUUUUGGAGCAGACCUGGGAGGACUGGGGAGGCUCCGAAUCGGAGGAUGAUGAUUUGUCAGCAGAUGCUGAUAUGCAGACAGAAGUGGAGAGAGCUGGAUCAUCUGGCGGGGAGAAGCCCGCCGCGCUCAUAUUUGCAGACAUUGAUCCGGACGAGCUUUAUUUUCCAGGCAUUCCUGGAGUCCUGGCAUUUCUGCUUCAUGUGGACGACAUCUUGGUUGGAGGCUCGGAGAAGCAUUGCCAAUUGAUGCUUGAUGCUUUGCAGCAGAGGUUGAUGGAUUUGAUUUCAUGUGACUACAUUGGUAGCACACCCCGCAAAGCGCCCGUGCCAACGGGCAAGCUGCCGACUGAGACCCACACUGACCCUCUUGAUGAGGACCGGUCUCAGCGGUAUCGAUCGGCCACUGGCCUAUUGCUGUAUUUGGCGCCAGACAUCGUGCAAGAUUAUGUUUUGGUCGGCGAGGAGGAGAUAGAAGAGGAGUACGUGAAGCUGCACCUCAAAGAAGGCAACAAGUACAGAAUGUGCGUGCAUCCCCUGCAGUACAGACAGCAGAUGAUGCAACAGCAGAUGAUGCAACAGCAGAUGAUGCAACAGCAGAGUUGA